AUGUUCUGUCUGGAUACAGCUACGAGCCACCUGAAAGUAGCUAUAAUAGACAAGGAUAACUCUUACGGUAAGAUAACUACCGAAAGAGAAAUCCUUGUCAAAAAGACACUGAUGGGAGAGCUGGACAAAACAAUUUUGUCCGCCUCCUGCAGCAAAACCAAGCCACCAACAUUCAGGUCUUGGACGCACUCUGGUGAAAUCAUCAGAGUAACGUGCGACGAUGAGCUAAGGUUGGAAUGGCUAAAAACCAAGGUACCAACCUUAAAAACAUGGGAAGGGGCAACACUCGCAGUUGUAAGGAUGGACGAGCUCCAAAAGCUCACCAAAGCCUCUCUCUGGAUCACAGGGGAAGUGCAAGCUGACCUUGACGAGAAAGAGCCAACAGUACCAGAAAAAAGGACAAUCGAUUACCCUCCAGCAAGAAAACUCCGAGGAGUCACAAGAGACCACCCUCUCCCCACUUUCGGAGGAAGGGAUGGCCCAAAUUUCAAUGGAAGACCGGGAAGCAAUAAAAGAGUGUUGAAAAGAUUAAAUGUAAAUGAAAUAAUAAAAUCGAAAAAUCGAAAAAUUGAAAAAUCGAAAAAAUCGAAAAAUCGAACAACAAAAUAUGGGACCACCAUUGACGCGGUAUUUUCCAGAUAUUUAGAUGUUUCUUAUUUCAGUUACCAUAAACCUAUAGUUUCAUUGAUAAAAAAUCCUGAAUAACCUACAUGUAUUGUAAGAUAAUAAAAAUAUUAAAAACA